GAGAUUCAUUCUGAUAACCCGAUCGUAGUUUGAAUUUAUUUUCAGCUCUAUCUGACAAUGUAUUUUGUGCUUACUGUUGUUUUGCCUCUGCUCAUGCUUUCCUUCGGGGAGUGUGCAAGUGUCAACGACACACAAAGCAAAAUUGCCGCCCCGUAUCCCAGUAUGAUUUCUGUGUUGAAUGGACAGAGAUGGGGAACAUGGGGAACUGCAGUGAAGUGUCCUUCAGGCACAUACGCUACGGGCUUUAGCCUCAAGGUUGAGACAAAUCAGUGGUCUGGGGAUGACACAGCCCUAAAUGGAAUUGCCCUUCAGUGCUCUAAACCGAUCGGGCUUACUGGUUAUGUCGGGCCCUAUACAACCAUCAGGUCUGCUGAAGGAAGUUGGGGAACCUGGACACAGAGCAUCUGGUGCCCCAAAGGAGUACUCAAAUCUUUCCAGCUGCGAGUGGAGAGUUAUCAGGGAGUGCUUUUUGAUGACACCGCUGCUAACAACAUCAGGUUCACGUGCACCGGAGGCAAUGUGUUGGAAGGCAGUGGAAUGAGCUGGGGUAGCUGGGGUACCUGGAGCUCAGUUUGUGGUGGAACUGGGAUUUGUGGGCUCCAAACGAAAGUGGAGCCACCUCAGGGCAUAUCGGAUGACAUCGACCAAGGUAUGCCUUUUGUGUCCAAGCUAAUGUCUGAUCUGUGUCGGCUGUUACAGGUGAAACACCUCAAGACGUCCGUCUACCACCCGCAAACUGAUGGACUGGUCGAGAGAUUCAACCAGAUGCUAAAACAGAUGUUACGCCGGGUGGUAGACGAGGAAGGAAGGAACUGGGACCUCCUCCUUCCCUACGUGCUCUUCGCCAUCCGGGAGUGCCCCCAGGCGUCCACGGGCUUCACCCCCUUCGAGCUCCUCUUCGGACGGUAA